AUGGAAGCAGCUGAAAAAGAAGAAAUAAGUGUUGAAGAUGAGGCUGUGGAUAAAAAGAUUUUCAAAGACUGCAGUAAGAUUGCUUUCUACAGGCGUCAGAAACAACAGCUCUCCAAGAAGUCCACCUAUCGAGCAUUACUAGACACAGUCGCAACAGGCAAAGACAGCACCAGCUUCCAAAUCAUCAAUGAAGCAACUAAGAUUCCCCUGAAGGCUGAAGUUUAUGGUCUAGAGGGAAACAUUUUCAGACUUAAAAUCAAUGAAGAGGCUCCCCUGAAGCCCAGGUAUGAAGUUCCUGAUGUCCUCACAAGCACACCAAGCACUAUAAGGUUGGUUUCGAGCUCAGAGGAUACAAACAAUCUAGUGUUGACAGAUAGAAAAGGAGAUCUGAAGUUUCAUAUUACUGCAGACCCAUUCAAGGUAGACUUGGUGUCUGAAGAUGUUGUGAUGAGCAUAAACUCUGUGGGCCAGUUAUACUUUGAGCAUUUACAGAUCCCUCCAAAACAAAGAACUACCAAAGAAAAUGAGGAUGAUGCAUCAGUGGACCCCUCUCAGGAAAAUCAAGAUGAUAUGGGCCUAUGGAAGGAGAAAUUCAGAAAUUUUGUAGAUAUCAAAACUAAUGGUCCUGCCUCCAUUGGUUUGGAUUUCUCCUUGCAUGGAUUUGAGCAUCUCUACGGGAUCCCACAACAUGCAGAAUCACACCAACUGAAAAAUACUGGUGAUGGAGAUGCUUACCGUCUUUAUAACCUGGAUGUCUAUGGAUAUAAGAUACAUAACAAAAUGGGUAUUUAUGGUUCAGUGCCCUAUCUUCUGGCACACAAACUGGGCAGAACUCUAGGCAUUUUCUGGCUGAAUGCCUCAGAAACACUAGUGGAGGUCAAUACAGAGCCUCCAGUAGAGCUUUUCAUUCCAUUCCUUCCCCAUUACACACUGACCCAGAUGGGCUUAGGUGAUGCUCAAAGAAAGGUCAGAUCUCGAACUGAUGUGCACUGGAUGUCAGAGAGUGGAGUCAUUGAUGUCUUUCUGCUGACAGGACCUACACCUUUUGAUGUCUUCAAGCAAUACUCAUAUCUUACAGGUACACAAGCCAUGCCCCCUCUGUUCUCCCUGGGGUACCAUCAGUGCCGCUGGAACUAUGAGGAUGAGCAGGAUGUAAGAGCAGUGGAUGCAGGAUUUGAUAAACAUGACAUUCCUUACGACGUCAUGUGGCUGGACAUAGAGCAUACUAAGGGCAAGAGGUACUUCACCUGGGACAAGAAAAGAUUCCCAAACCCCAGAAGGAUGCAGGAGAUGCUCAGGAGCAAAAAACGUAAGCUUGUGGUCAUCAGUGACCCCCACAUCAAGGUUGAUCCCAACUACUCAGUGUAUGCUAAGGCCAAAGAACAGGGCUUCUUUGUGAAGAAUCAUGAAGGGGGAGACUUUGAAGGGAUAUGCUGGCCUGGUCUCUCCUCUUACCUGGAUUUCACCAAUCCCAAGGUCAGAGAAUGGUAUUCUGGUCUUUUUGCUUUCCCUGUUUACCAGGGAUCUACUGACAUCCUUUUCAUAUGGAAUGACAUGAAUGAGCCCUCCGUCUUUAGAGGACCAGAGCUAACUAUGCAGAAGAAUGCCAUCCAUCAUGGCAAUUGGGAGCACAGAGAACUUCACAACAUCUAUGGUUUUUAUCAGCAAAUGGCUACUGCAGAAGGAUUGAUAAAGCGGUCAAAAGGAAGGGAGAGGCCCUUUGUUCUUACACGUUCUUUCUUUGCUGGAUCACAAAAGUAUGGUGCUGUGUGGACUGGCGACAACACAUCAGACUGGAGCUACCUGAAAAUUUCCAUCCCUAUGUUACUCACUCUCAGCAUUACUGGGAUCUCUUUUUGUGGAGCUGAUGUAGGCGGGUUCAUUGGGAAUCCAGAAGCAGAGCUGCUUGUGCGUUGGUACCAGGCCGGAGCCUAUCAGCCAUUCUUCCGGGGCCAUGCCACCAAAAAAACCAAGCGGCGAGAACCCUGGCUCUUCGGGAAGAGACACACCCAGCUGAUCCGAGAAGCCAUCAGAGAGCGCUAUGCCCUCCUGCCCUAUUGGUAUUCUCUGUUCUACCAUGCACACGUGGCUGCCGAACCCAUCAUGAGGCCUCUGUGGGUAGAAUUCCCUAAUGACUUAGAGACUUUUAGUAUGGAAGAUGAAUACAUGCUGGGAAGUGCUUUAUUGGUUCAUCCAGUCACAGAACCAAAAGCCACAAUGGUUGAUGUGUUUCUGCCAGGAUCAGAUGAGGUCUGGUAUGACUCUAAGACAUUUGCUCAUUGGGAAGGCGCACGCAGUGUGAAGAUCCCAGUAGCCUUGGACACUAUACCAGUGUUUCAGCGAGGUGGAAGUGUGGUACCAGUAAAGACAACAACAGGAAAGUCCACAGGCUGGAUGACUAACUCCCCCUAUGGACUCCGGGUAGCUCUAAGCUCUAAGGGUUCUGCAGUUGGUGAUUUAUAUCUUGAUGAUGGACAUUCAUUCCAGUACUUCCACCAGAAACAGUUCUUGCACAGAAAGUUUUCCUUCUGUUCAGGUGUUUUGAUUAACAGCAAUUCAUUAAAUGGGAAAGAUCAGCUUGUGGCUUUUACAUAUAGUGCAGAAACCUCCACCCUGAGCCUGGAGAAGCUCUCAUUGAACAUCACUGCUAAUUGGGAGGUCCACAUCAAAUGA